UCUGCAAUUUCCUUCCUCGGGCCAUUCCAAGACACCAAGAAUGAAAGUGGCAUUGCUUGGCCUGGCUGCGGCCAUCACUGUGGUUGCUCAAGACAACAGUUACAACCAACAACCGUCGCAAUACCCCCAGCCUUCAUCUGGAUACGGAGGCUACAGUGACGACACUGACGAACCUUCUGGCUACGGCAGCAAGCCGACAAGGAAGCCUUCUUCGUAUCACACCAAGAAACCUACUUCCGGCUAUGGUGACGACAACGACGCGCCUUCUGGUUACGGCAGCAAGCCGACAAGGAAGCCUUCUUCGUAUCACACCAAGAAACCUAUUUCCGGUUAUGGCGACGACAACGACGCGCCUUCUGGUUACGGCAGCAAGCCUGCUCGCACCAAGAAACCUUCUGCUGGGUAUGCCGACAAGGACAUUUCUGGUUAUGCCAUGUUGGGUUAUGGCACCAAGGCGCCUGCUGGAUACAGCAAGGAAACGCGCACCCCCAAGCCCAGGCCUACGGCGGACCCGAAGAAGCCGUUCAACCAGUUCUACGACAACCUCAAGCUGUGCAAGGCCGAAGGCGACCUCGCAUUGUGCAUUGCCACGUCGCAAUCUCGCCACGAUUGUUUGGGCGACCGUCGCGUCAAGUCGUGCACGUCUCAAUUCGUGACGGGGUUGUGUUCGGAGCUCGCGACGACCACCACGGGUGCGUACGACACGGGGUACUUCAAGGCGACCACGGACUCGUGCGUGGACGCAGCGUUGGCCGACUCGCUCCUGGUGUACAACAGGAUGCUGCGCGAAGUAAACACGGCGCUGUCGAUCACGACCCAGUUCGACCAGUGGACGUUCACGGCGGUGAAGUUGGCGCUUGCGAGCACGCGCAACCACGCCGACUGCGUGAUCAAGAGUUUUUUCAACUUCUUGUCGCAGUCGGCCAAGAGCAAGGUGUUGCGCAAGCAAGACACCGAGUGCCUGGACAAGGCGCUUAACAACGACAGCUGCGAGUGGGCAGCCGAUGCGACGGACGGGUGGAACCUGCCGUCCUUCUUGAAGCGGUACGGCGACCUCGCGUUCAACCAAGCGAUCAAGUACAUGAAGCAGCGCUUUGGCACGUCCCACGAAAGCCAACUGGGCCAUGUGAUUUCCGACUUGCUCGAAGCCGUCAAGGACCAAGAGACCCAGUUCGUCGAGUUUAUCAACACCAACUACGACUUCACCAAGCGCACCACGAGUGUGCAAGUGUGCACGAACACACUUCCUGCGCACAGCGUGGGGUUGACCAAGGAGGGCGUCGUGGUGGGCGCGGACGCGGACAAGAUUCUGUUCCAUUUGCCCCUCAACGUUGGCGACUGGAGCCCCACCGACAACGACCUGGGAUGGACGGCCGAAACCAACACGGAUUGGAAAACCACGAAAACGGACAAAGUUGCCCCCAUCGUCAAGACGUGCGACGCAUUCUACCAAGCGACCAAGGCUGCGUACGAGAAGAGCGAAGCCGCGGCUAGCGAGUGGAAGCCGUACGUGCUCGCGUCUGGCAAGUAUGUCAUUGGUCAUCGGGUCGCCAACUCCAACGUCGAGUGCGUCAAGCCGUCCGUCGGCACUGCCAAGUGCGCCGAGUACGACACCUCUGCCGACGCGGCCACAGCUGUAGCGGCUCUUCCUGCGACACCGUCCGUGACUGUGUUUGCAGUCGGCGACAAAGUUGACGACGCGUACCAAUCGUUUGUCGUUGCCGCGAGCAUCCGUCCAAUUCCCGAAAGCGAUAAAUGCGUAGGACUGAGUGGCCACUUCAUCAAGUUUUUGGAAACCGGCGAGACCCAGCAGAUCAAGUUCAGCGACCCGACGGUCACGUUCGACGGCACCACGCACACAGUGCCAUCUCCGUACUGCAAGACUGCGUCGUGGACUGAACCUCGGUCGUGCAGCUCGCACUUGACCCAGUGGGAACAACACGUGGCGUGCUGUAAGAGCUAUGAAACCGUGUUGGCCGAAGUCCAAGCGGCGUGGGAUGCCAAGUACAGCCGACCCACCAGCCGGUACUCGAAACAAGCACAACGAGUGUACUCUGAGCCCAAGAGCAAGCCGGAACGCCCCAUCGCCGUCCCCGACAAGUACGACACUGAAGACGCUGUGUACGAAAAGGUCCUCACGUCCAAAGCCGACACUGCAGUGUCCCAGAACGGCGCACUGUACUCUGUCGCACUUACCGCCAAUCAAGUUUUGGAAACCAAAGACAUCACGUCCGUCGACGCUGCGUUGGAAGCGUUUGAUGUCCCGUAUUGGGUCCGAUGGGGCCAGCAUUGUGCACAAGUGUACAAGGCGGCCACGUCCAAGACCCCCGUUAUUGCCUUUGCGUCCAAGUGGUGUGAAAAGGUCAAGACGUGGCUGAAGGACGGCGACAAGCAAGCGAAAAUCGCCCAAGUGGCUGCGUUCGCCGCCGACAAGGACAACAAAGCGUGGUUGGACCACGCGACAACGGACGCAGAAUUCAUCGUUGAUGGCGCGCCUUUGUCCGUCCCUGCCGAUACCGAUGACGUGCACACGCACUCGCACUACCUCGACAGCAGCAGUGCGUUCAAGAACUUGUGCAAAACGUUGAAGCGUAGCUGGGAACUGGACACUGUCGUGCCGAUUGUCAGCACCAAGUGCUUCCCUCAGUCGUGUGUGCUCGCCCAACUCGCCAAAUGCAUUGACGUACCUGAAAAGGAGGAAACUGGUUACGACUACGUGACCAAGCCCCAACCUGGCUACAACGGCUACCGCAACUCGUACUACCAGCGUUCGAUGGUGGCCUUGGAAACAGUCAACACGGGAGUACUCGCCAUGGCUGGCUUCGUUGCUGGCGCCGCCGUGGUUGUCGUCGCCCAAGUCAUGCUCAAGGCCCGCACCACUGGUGCCGCCUCCAGUUACUUGCUCGUCUAA